AUGUCCACACCUGCACGUCAGCAUCGCUUCAACGUCUCACUACAGAUCCACGUUCGCUCUGUUCGAUCCGCGUUGAUCAUGGAUGCUAUCGAGGCACUCUCUGGAGCAAGACACCGGGCCGCGGUUCCACCCCAAGGAUAUGCAUUCCAAGCAUCCUACCAAGCAGCAGUGCCAGAGCAAUCCUCCACGAUCAUGGAUACAAACACCUUGACCGAAAUCAAACCAGCCAUCCAUGAUGAAUCCGAAAAGCCGUCCUACGAAGUCUUGCCUUCAGAGAUCUGGCUCCUUGUCCUAAGAGAGUGUCCAACAAGCUCGUUAAAGAAUAUCGCCCAAGUCGACAAAACUCUCCACGAUCUAGCAUCUAACCAACUCCUUCGAACUGUGGUGCUCGGACAAGGUACACUCGGCAACUGCAUCCUCGACAAAACCCUGGACAACGCAUCCGUCAUCAAAGAUCCUGCUGCCUUCUCCACACUCGUCCUCAACCACAAGCAAUUGCGCUGGUACAAGGCCACUAAGGCUGUCUUUGUGGUCUACAGAACCGCAACUUUUGUCGUUAGGCGCUCGGCUCUGCCACUGAUGUGCUACUACAUCACACAUCACUUUGCACCGGAGGAGCUCGACAAAUUCAAGUGGACCAUAUGGCUCCAGAAACAGAAGAUUGUGACUCUAUGGCCCCUCAAUAUGUGGAUGGUCAAGCAUCCAAUCAUGGGUACUCUGGACACCUCUCAUCGUCCGUUGGUAGGGGGUAUUGCGGCUCAAGACGAACAGCACAUCACUUCCCCCUCCAAUCACUAG